AGAUAACGUUUAUGAACCACGCGUAGCAAAUAUUUUUGCAAACGUUCUUCAGACUUGCUUUAUAACAAAACAAACAUUUCUGCUCCUGAUUUUGUAAAAUCAAGUGAAGAUAACAAACGGCAACCAUGAGCGAAUUCUCCACAAAAGACACUUUGCUUACCAGCGUCCAAUCCCCUUUAGAGAAUUCCGGUAACAAAAUUACAGUGGUUGGGGUGGGUUCUGUAGGAAUGGCAUGUGCUUUCAGUAUCCUGAACAUGGGUAUUUCAAAUGACAUAGCUUUGGUCGAUUGUGUCCCAGAUAAACUACAGGGUGAAAUGUUGGAUCUACAACAUGGUUCAUUCUUUAUCGAAAGCGCUAAAAUUGUAGCAAGCACUGAUUACGCAGUUACCGCUGGGUCUAGGAUCUGCAUUGUAACAGCUGGUGUGCGCCAAAAAGAGGGAGAAUCUCGUUUAAAUUUGGUCCAGAGAAAUGUUGACAUAAUGAAGCAGAUUAUUCCACAAUUGGUCAAAUAUUCACCGAAUACGAUUCUGUUGAUUGUCAGUAAUCCGGUGGACAUUCUUACUCAUAUUGCAUGGAAAAUAAGCGGACUGCCCAAAACCCGGGUUAUCGGUUCAGGGACCAAUUUGGAUUCAUCCCGUUAUAGAUUUUUGAUGUCUGAAAGACUAGGGAUUGCCCCAGCCUGCUGUCAUGGUUGGAUUAUUGGAGAGCAUGGAGAUUCAAGUGUUGCUGUUUGGUCUGGCGUCAAUGUCGCCGGUGUGCGUUUACAAGAAUUAAUCCUAUCGCUUGGUUCAAAACACCGCAGCGAGGAAUGGGCUGAACUUCACAAAAAAGUUGUUGACGGUGCGUACGAGGUCAUUAAACUAAAGGGGUACACAUCCUGGGCAAUAGGACUCAGCGUUUCGGCUCUCUGUAAAGCGAUCCUCAAAAAUGCAAGAACCAUACACGCGGUCUCAGUCCUAGUUCAGGGUUUCCAUGAUAUUAAAGAGGAAGUGUUCUUAUCACUUCCGGCAGUGUUGGGUGAGAAUGGACUCACCGAUGUGAUUGUUCAGCCACUUGAGGAUUUCGAGAAAGCAAAAUUGCACAAAUCUGCGCAGAUUAUAUCGGAAGUACUGAAAGGUGUGAAAAUGUAAUAGCUAUUUUUAAUGGGCUAGUGUUCUUUUUUACGUUUUCAUGCAAUAUUUCCGUCUAAAGCACCUAUAUAUUGUACUCAAUGUUAGUCAAAAUUACCACAUUUUUGUCAGUCUUCCAAUUUUUCAGAUAUUAGAACAAUUCACAUCUCCUCCUACUAAACCUGACCUAACCUAAGCCUUCUUUCAUCCCUCUUUGCUUUUAAUAUUUUGUCUUUAACUAACUCUUCGUCCUUAAUGUCUCAGACGGGUCCUACAUCCUUUCGUCAUUCCUCUAAUAUCCUACUUUUUCUAAUGCUUUAUCAGUUCUAACUUUUCUAGUUGUUAUUAAUGUGUUGUUUUAAAGUAAUAAUAAGUAUGUAAUUAAUUCAGUUUCAAUAAAGCUUAUGAUGGGAACAGAAAUACAUUCAUGAAGAA